UCAGGGAAAAACAACUAUCAGGUGCGAAAAGAGCGAGGGUUGGUAACGUUAGUUAGCUGGCCAGUUAACGAGCGGCCGAUUUUGUAACAGUUAAUUACACAACACUACCGAGAUACCCACUGAAAUACAAAACGCUGAAGGUUUCUGAGGGCGAAAGACACCGAGAUAAUUUUGUAGGAUCACGCGUCUACAAUGUCGUCUCCUGUUGAAAUGACCGAGUUGUAUGACAACGCGUUGCUGGGCAUCCUGCAGCAUGUUGGAAACAUACAGAACUUUCUCCAGGUUUAUUUUGGUUUCCUGUACCGAAAGACAGACUUCUAUCGCCUGCUGUCCAGCCCCAACGAUCGAAUGGGUUUCCCCCCGGGAGUGGCAGAGAAAAUGGUCCUCAAGACCUUCAAGUUGUUCGAGAGGGUGGCAGCGCAGGACAGAGAGAGGGCUGCACAGGAAGCAGAGCUGAGAGAGAGAGCGAGGACCGCUCCCCCCGCAUUGCAAGAGGUGGUGGUGGAGUCAGAGGAGGAGGCAUCAGCAGUACAGGGAAAGGAGGCGGAGACUGCGGAAGCCACGCCCGCUGCGGCUGAACAAGCACCACCUUCAAACCCAGAGCCUGUUAGCAAUGAGGCUGGCGAACCAACAGAAACGGGUCCAACCGAGUCGAGCGCAGGCACAGCCGCUGCGGCAUCUAGGCAGGAUCAGUUCCAGACGAACCCAGACAGCUACAAUGGUGCUGUCAGAGACAACUACAGCUGGUCUCAGGAUUACACCGACGUGGAGGUCCGCAUCCACGUCCCCACCCACGUUCGCAGGGGCAAGCAGGUGGCAGUGAGCCUGCAGGCCGGCAGCGUGCGCGUGGCAGUGAGAGAGGGGGCGGCGGAGACGGUCCUGAUGGAGGGAGAGCUCACCCACAAGAUCAACACCGAAAACUCCCUCUGGAGUCUGGAGCCUGGACGCUGUGUGCUGCUAUCCCUCAGUAAGAGCGGGGAGGUGUGGUGGACCGCCGUCCUGAAGGGUGAAGCGGAGAUCGACGUGAACCAGAUCAACAGGGAGCGCUCCAUGGCCACCGUGGACGAGGAGGAGCACGCCGUGCUGGACCGCCUCAACUUCGACUACCAGCAGAAGCUGCAGGGCCGGCCGCAGAGCCACGAGAUGAAGGUGCACGAGAUGCUGAAGAAGGGCUGGGAUGCAGAGGGCUCCCCCUUCAAGGGACAGAUGUUUGACCCGUCCAUGUUUGACAUCCAGCCCAGUGCUGUGCAGUUUUGAGUGUGAGCAGCGGUGGAAAUAACUGAUAACCACUUGUCACCAGGCACACAGGGAGGGGCAUUCGUAUACACACUCAAACACGCACACACACACACGAACAUACCCGCACACAUAUGCACACACAGAUGUACU